CGAGAAGGAGAGGCAGAGUCGUUGCCCCCGGGGCGGUUGAGGGAGAGGAGGAGGGGGCGGGGCUGCGGCCUAGAGAGGCCUUGGCGCCUGCUUUGAUUAGUUCUUCCUUCGCCUGGGGAGGUUGGUCUCUUGUGCUUUCGGUUGUACCUGUGCCCCCCCGCCCCCUGACUCCCGUGGAGGGCUGGUAAAUACGGGCGACGGAUUCGCAGGGGAUCAGCCGCUUUCGCUUGCUGCAGGCAAAACAACACAGGAGCCGUGUGGCGCCUGAACAGCUGCGCAGCACCAGCUUUUUGCGCGCUUACUCAGGAGUAAGCCCUGUUGGGCUCAGCGGGGGCUCCCCCCCUCCGAGUAAAAGUGCUUAGGGUGGUCGUCUUAUGGUGAGCAGAAGCUGUUGUGGAUAUAGGGGCCGCUUUACCGUAUGACACGGUGACUCCCCCUUCUUUUUAUGCGGGUUGUAGGUUUGUUUAUACAUGUAUCCACACGAGGAAUGUGUGCUUCAAGUAUCUGACCCAAGUGAAUAGUGAUUCUUGAGAAACGUUUUCUGGGGUUUUAAAGAAGUCUUUAAGACUUCUCUGGAUUUUUACUGCAAGAGAGAUACCCGCUGUAGAGGUUGGGUACAGGGUGCAGCCUUAUACAGAGUUAGCGACUCCAGUCAAAGUUCACAGUGUUCAAUGAGCAUAUAUUGGAAUACUUCUGCAUGAAUUAUACAUUUAUCACCUAAUCUGUAAAUCUUUGGCCUGGUUGUGUUUUUGUUGUGAUCUUAAUUCACCAAGAUGGAUGACUGAUUACUGGUGAACAGCAGAGGAUGGCAGAGACAGCAAAUUAGUCUGAGGACCUGCAUUGACAUCUGUGGUGGAAGUUGGACCUGAACACAGGUCUCUCUCUCAAAAAAGUGUGGUAUUCUUUUGGUUUUUUUCUUUGAUGAAAUGCAUUGGCUGUAUUUAUAAAAUGGAGAUAGUCUUACAAGAGAAGAAUUAUUUUCAUAGAAUUUUAGUGCUAGAAGGCACUAAGAAUCCAUCUAAUCUACAUACAUUUCUGACCAGCUGCGUCCUAGAAUCCAGUCUAUGGAGUCCAAACCACAAAAUGAUGUUGUAAUAUAGAUGCAUUGUGCAACAGCUUUGAGUGGCUCAAACAAGUGAGCCAAGCUAGAAGACAAAGAAAACCCGAAAUAUAUAUAUUUUUAAAAAACAGGUUCUCUAGCCAAUGGACCUGGGUGAAUGAGAUCUAGACUGACAUCUCUGAUCAGCUAAGAAACUCCAUAGGUAGCCUUCAAAAAGUCAUUUCAUGUUUUGCUUUGAUCUCUGUGACAAGACAGUGGGUUACAAAUGUAAUAUGCAACAUUACUUCGUCAUAUGAAGUAGUGGUGAGCUGUGUUUAGGGUUUGAAGACAAAUGAAUAAGAGCAUUUGUAAAAAAAAUAAGAGUAUGUGCAAGGUAAAAUUACUAUGUAAUCAUCUCAUGUUUAUUUACACAUCAAGGUGUCUUGCUGCUUGUCUUCAUCCCCUUCUGCCUCCCGGUAGAGCUGCUGUUCCUUGUUUUCAUACCCUGCAAAACACAGGAUACUUUCUUCCCUCCUUCAGACUGUUUUCGUUCAUCUUGGGAGAACUGUGUAGUUACAAACUCAACAAGUGAAUUAUUUCCACAAUCAACACUAUCAAAUCCUCCACUGAAAAUAUGGCCAACGCCAUGAACUGGAACAAAGGUGGCCCUGGUACUAAAAGGGGUUUUGGUUUUGGUGGCUUCUCAAUAUCAUCUGGAAAGAAGGAAGAGCCAAAACUCUCUCAACAGUCCCAUAGUGCUUUCGGUGCCACUGGUUCUGCAGCUGGAUUUGGGAAGACACCACCACCUCAGCUGCCCUCUUUUUACAAGAUUGGAUCCAAGCGAGCAAACUUUGAUGAGGAGAAUGCGUAUUUUGAGGAUGAAGAGGAAGAUUCCAAUAAUGUUGACUUGCCAUACAUUCCUGCUGAGAACUCUCCCACUCGGCAGCAAUUCCAUUCCAAACCACCUGACUCAGACAGUGAGGAUGACCCCUUGGAGGCAUUCAUGGCCGAAGUUGAGGAUCAGGCUGCUAGAGACAUGAAGAGACUGGAAGAUAAAGACAAAGAGAGGAAAAAUACAAAGGGUAUACGCGAUGAUAUUGAAGAAGAAGAUGAUCAAGAGGCUUACUUCCGCUACAUGGCAGAAAAUCCUAAUGCUGGUGUGGUCCCAGAAGAGGAGGAAGAUAACCUGGAGUAUGAUAGUGAUGGAAAUCCAAUUGCGCCAUCCAAAAAAAUCAUCGACCCUCUUCCUCCAAUUGAUCAUUCAGAGAUCGAAUACCCACCAUUUGAGAAGAACUUCUAUGAUGAGCAUGAAGAAAUCACCAGCCUCACUCCACAGCAAGUGGUGGAGCUUCGCCAUAAGCUAAACCUCCGGGUCUCUGGUGCUGCUCCACCAAGGCCAGGAAGCAGCUUUGCUCAUUUUGGUUUCGACGAGCAACUCAUGCAUCAGAUCAGGAAAUCCGAAUACACUCAGCCUACCCCUAUCCAGUGCCAGGGUGUUCCAGUAGCGCUGAGUGGCAGAGACAUGAUUGGCAUAGCAAAGACUGGCAGUGGGAAAACAGCCGCCUUCAUUUGGCCCAUGUUGAUUCAUAUCAUGGAUCAGAAGGAGCUGGAACCAGGCGAUGGUCCCAUCGCAGUGAUUGUGUGCCCAACCAGAGAGCUUUGCCAGCAGAUCCAUGCUGAAUGCAAGCGAUUUGGGAAAGCCUACAACUUGCGCUCUGUAGCAGUGUAUGGUGGAGGAAGCAUGUGGGAGCAAGCAAAGGCUCUACAGGAAGGAGCAGAAAUCGUUGUCUGCACCCCAGGCCGGCUGAUCGAUCAUGUGAAGAAGAAAGCUACCAACCUCCAGAGGGUCACUUACCUUGUCUUUGAUGAAGCUGACAGAAUGUUUGACAUGGGUUUUGAAUAUCAAGUCCGCUCAAUUGCUAGCCAUGUGCGUCCUGAAAGGCAGACUUUGUUGUUCAGUGCAACUUUUCGGAAGAAGAUUGAGAAACUGGCCAGAGACAUUCUGAUUGAUCCGAUUCGUGUGGUGCAGGGAGACAUUGGAGAGGCAAAUGAAGAUAUCACUCAAAUUGUGGAGAUUCUCUCCUCUGGCCCUAACAAGUGGAACUGGCUGACCAGCCGCCUUGUGGAAUUCACCUCUUCAGGAAGCGUCCUCCUCUUUGUCACCAAGAAGGCAAAUGCCGAGGAACUGGCCAAUAACCUCAAGCAGGAGGGGCAUAGUCUGGGUCUGCUGCAUGGUGACAUGGAUCAGAGUGAAAGGAACAAGGUCAUCUCAGAUUUCAAGAAGGGCACCUUCCCAGUUCUGGUUGCUACUGAUGUGGCAGCUCGUGGUCUGGAUAUUCCUUCCAUUAAGACCGUGAUAAAUUAUGACGUAGCCCGCGACAUCGACACUCACACCCACCGAAUCGGUCGCACAGGCAGAGCAGGCGAGAAAGGUGUGGCUUACACCUUGCUAACUCCUAAAGAUAGCAACUUUGCUGGAGACCUUGUUCGGAAUUUGGAAGGAGCCAAUCAACAUGUUUCAAAAGAACUCUUGGACUUAGCCAUGCAGAAUGCUUGGUUCCGAAAAUCCCGUUUCAAAGGAGGGAAGGGCAAGAAACUCAACAUUGGUGGCGGCGGCCUGGGGUACCGUGAACGCCCUGGCCUAGGUUCUGAUGGUUCUGAUCGUGGGAGUAACAGCGUAAUGAGCAAUUAUGAGGCAUAUAAACCUUCAACAGGAGCAAUGGGGGACAGACUGUCUGCAAUGAAGGCUGCAUUUCAGUCCCAAUAUAAGAGUCACUUUGUCGCUGCCAGCUUUAGCAACCAGAAGUCGGGCAGCUCUUCCACAGGUGCUGGUGGCUGGACCAGCGCUGGCAGCUUAAAUUCUGUUCCAACAAAUUCAGCACAGCAGAACUUGGCAAAGUCUGACAACCCCAUGAGUGCAGCAAAGGGUCUUCCAGGCUUUAUAAGCUCUGGCAACUUAAACAGCAUCCCUUCUUUCCCGGGCUCUGGAAUUCAAGGAUUCAACAGUGUGAAUGCCAGCAACAGCUCCCGAGAAGGUGGCAGUGGAGGCAGAGAACGGUACAGUGACAACCGGGGAGACAACCGGGGCAGCAGUCGUCACAGUGACAACCAGCGCCACGGAGACAACAGCAGUCGCCACAGUGACAGCCAGCGUCAUGGAGAUGGCUAUCGCCAUGGAGAGAACCGCCACGGGGACAGCCAUCGUCACAGCGAAAGCCGACAUUCGGGUGGUGGAAGUAGCAGCCGCCACGGGGACAGCCGGAAUAAUGGGGACAGCCGGAACAGCAGUGAAAACAGAAAUAGCGAGAACAGGAACAACGAGAACAAGAAAGAUGGCAACAGCAGGGACAACAGCAAGACAGAUGGUUUUGCUGUUCCUGAGCCCCCGAAGCGCAAGAAGAGUCGAUGGGACAGCUAAAACCCCAGGCUCUCCAUCCAAGUGGCAACGGUGCCUGUCAAAGGAGGCUUGUUGUACCAAUAAGCAGUCGCUGAGGAGAAUAACAGUGGACAACAGCAUUCCCCAACCAAGCCUUGGCUGGUGCAUCUGUAGACAGCUUCACUUUAAUGGCACGUAGGUGUUGUGCUUUGGUCCAAAGGAAAGCAUCCCCUCUCAUGGAACUUCUCCAUGCCCUGCCUUUCAAUAUCCGUCCACCUGAGGGACUUGGUUAGCAAGAGCAAAAAAAGUUUUGGUUGGGAGUGUUUUGUUUUUGCUUUGUGUCAAGAAAGGAGCUUGAACUGGGUAGAUCUUUUCGCUCCCCUAGAAAUCAGUGUGAACUUCAACUAAUGCAGCCCCCCUGUCUUCAUCCUCAUCACCAUUGCACCCCUGAGCCUUUUACAGCUGGUCACACUAGCUGGCUCUGCCCAGGUCUGCUUGCCAUGUUCAUUUGGCAUGUGCGCAGUUGUGCCACAUGUGCAAUGUCAGAAGUGAAAAUGGUGAUUCAGACUGGAAUGCUACAAGCGGCGGACAACGCAGGUGGAGUAAUGGUCUCUAGUGUGGGCAGUUCAUAAUCGAGCAGGCCCAUGUACACAGAAUCUCAGGCCCUGUAUGGGAAGCAUAAUAUCUUGCUGUGGCUUUUGACUGUGGUAAUCUUUUUACCUAUCUCACGUGAUGAAUCAGUCCAAACUGGUUAAGUCCAUCUUUUAUUAAGAUUAAUGGGCAGGUGUUGUGGCUUCAGUCCUGCUUUUUAUGUCAGUAGUCCACACUUAAGUUAGAGAAGAGAAACAGAUUAUCAAAUCACCAGCUUCAUACUCUGCUGCUCAUUAUUAGUAUCUGACAGGGUACUGUUAGAGAUUUUAUUCCAAGAAGCAGAGGAGAAAGAGGCAGGAAACAUAGGCAGUACACUCUGCACAUUUCUGUCAUUUCUCCCUCCGUACUUCAGACAACUUAGAUGACGAGUUUGGGUGGAACUAAAGGGCCCCUUUGAGUUGGUAAUAUGCUCUAGUCAAGUAGUGGGCCAGAUGGCACUUACUUGUGGGCCCUUGUUGUUCUAGCAGCCUCCAGCAGAGCCUGCCUGAUGUAUUUCAUAGAGAUAUUUUCAGGGGCAGAAUGGCAGUGUUCCCCCACAUCCAAUUAAAAUUUUUACACAACAUGUCAUUUAUCUUCCAGAUAUUUGCUCUGUAAAACUGCUCAGCAAAGGCUCGCAGAAUCUGCUGGCUUCUGUUUCCUGGGGAUGGUCCAGUUUCAGUGCUUAUAAAUCUCUGAAUUUAUAAAUGUGUGAGGAACUCUGUUAACCGUGAAGUUGAUGAGGAUAGGCAGGCCAUGAAGGUCAGGGGAAUGGUCACUCCCAGAAGGCUGUCCAGGAAACAUGUAAUACAAAAAUUGAUUUUUACACAACAGGCUUCCAUUAGGAUGAGGUCUUGUGUAGAUUAACUUGUUAAUGUUCCAGACUUUUUUGUGGUUUCCCUCACCCCACCCUGGCUAAAACAUAUUUGUGGGGAGAGAGACUUUUCAUAUACUGUAUCAAGUUGCCAUGAUUUGGGGUGGGGGUGGGGGGCAGAGCCAGGAAGUUUUUCAAACUUCUAAGUUUGGGACUGAUCACAGAAAAAGUGUGUACACAGAGAAGCUAAAAUGGGACCUGUCUGAAACAGAAUGUGAUACUCUUUCCAAAAUGGCUGUCUCACACAUUUGGAAAGCAGCAGCAAAUGUAAAAAUAUCCCACUUUAUUCAUUUUUUAAAACUGUGUUCUUGGGCUCUUUAAUUUUUUUUUCCCCCCAGUGUGGUAGGAUAAUCUUGUUUGCUGGAAAUAGUUCUGUUCUAGCCUCUCAUUUAUAUGAAAUUAUCUGAAGCCGUGUCAAGAUCUUGUGACAUGCUGUUUUGUUUACUUUCUGCUUGCUCUUCUAGUAAAUGUUUUUAUUACUAGGACAA